CCUUCCCUUCCAGAUCCCCCCUAGCGUCCCUCAGCCCCUGUCCCUUGUUUAGUCACUGGCGCCGAUCGCCUCACUGCAGAAUUGAGGGGCUCCUUUACCCUCCCCCAUUGGUUUCGUUCUCUGGGUCUUCACGUCCAACUCACUGGGGAUCUUUUUGGGAAGUUUGGUGAGGUUUUCUGAGUUUUCAGUCUGACAAAUGCAAAGGCUGAGUAAAACAGUAGACAUCCCGUGUUCCUUAUUUACUUUUUCUUAUCACUCUUCACCUCACCUAGGCCCUGGCUGUUUGUUACUUUGGGGGAGGGAGACCUAAAGGUGCAAAAACAGCCUCCUGCCCUUUUUCUCUAUGUGCCACCUCUGGUGCGUCUCUGUCACCCGGUCUCACUCCACUCCCACCCUCUCUCUAUUCUCCCUUUAUUACUGUUCCUUAAAUCCCUCUUUCCCUCCACCACAUUCACCUUUUCCCAGCCGUAGCCAUAGGGUAAAUGUGUGUUUUGCAAAAUACUGAGUGACAAGCCGGGAGAUGGCAGCUGCUGCCAGGAGAGCGUAUUCCUGAUUUCCGUUUUUCUGACUGUGAAAUGAAAGGAUGAUUGCUCACAAACAGAAAAAGACAAAGAAAAAGCGUGUUUGGGCAUCAGGCCAACUCUCUACUGAUGUUACAGCUUCUGAAAUGGGGCUCAAGUCCAUAAGUUCCAACUCCAUUUUUGAUCCGGAUUACAUCAAGGAGUUGGUGAAUGAUAUCAGGAAGUUCUCCCAUAUGUUACUAUAUUUGAAAGAAGCUAUUCUUUCAGACUGUUUUAAAGAAGUCAUUCAUAUACGUCUGGAUGAACUUCUCCGUGUUUUAAAGUUUAUUAUGAAUAAACAUCAGAACCUCAAUUCUGUUGAUCUUCAAAAUGCCGCAGAAAUGCUUACUGCAAAAGUGAAAGCUGUGAACUUCACAGAAGUUAAUGAAGAAAACAAAAACGAUCUCUUCCGAGAAGUAUUUUCUUCUGUUGAAACUUUGGCGUUUACGUUUGGGAAUAUCCUUACAAACUUCCUUAUGGGAGAUGUAGGCAAUGAUUCAAUAUUGCGACUGCCUGUUUCUCGGGAAAGUAAGUCUUUUGAAAACGUUUCUGUGGAAUCAGUGGAUUCAUCCAAUGAAAAAGAUAAUGCCCCAGGAAAUUUUUCUCCUAUAGAACUAGACAGCAUGCUGUUAAAGAAUACUAACUCUAUAGAAUUGGCUUUGUCAUAUGCAAAAACCUGGUCAAAAUAUACCAAGAAUAUAGUUUCGUGGGUUGAAAAAAAGCUUAACUUAGAAUUGGAGUCCUCUAGAAAUAUUGUAAAGCUGGCAGAGGCAACUAGAACUAACAUUGGAAUACAGGAGUUUAUGCCACUGCAGUCUCUCUUUGCCAAUGCUCUUCUUAAUGAUAUACAGAGCAGUCACCUUUUACAACAAACAAUUGCAGCUCUUCAAGCCAACAAAUUUGUUCAGCCUCUACUUGGGAGGAAAAAUGAAAUGGAAAAACAAAGGAAAGAAAUAAAAGAACUUUGGAAACAAGAACAAAAUAAAAUGCUCGAAACAGAGACUGCUCUUAAAAAGGCAAAGCUGUUAUGUAUGCAACGUCAAGAUGAAUAUGAAAAAGCAAAAUCUUCCAUGUUUCGUGCAGAAGAGGAGCAUCUGUGUUCAAGUGGUGGAUUACCAAAAAAUCUCAACAAGCAACUAGAAAAAAAGCGAAGGUUGGAAGAGGAGGCUCUCCAAAAAGUAGAAGAAGCAAAUGAACUUUACAAAACUUGUGUGACAAAUGUUGAAGAAAGACGAAAUGAUCUAGAAAAUACCAGAAGAGAAAUUUUAACACAACUCCGGACACUUGUUUUCCAGUGUGAUCUUACCCUUAAAGCUGUAACAGUUAACCUCUUCCAGAUGCAACACCUGCAGGCUGCCUCCCUUGCAAACAGUUUACAGUCUCUCUGUGAUAGUGCCAAACUCUAUGACCCAGGCCAAGAGUACAGUGAAUUUGUCAAGGCCACAAAUUCAGCUGAAGAAGAAAAAGUUGAUGGGAAUGUAAAUAAACAAUUAAUAAAUAGUCCCCAAACUUCUGCAUACAGACCUUCUGACUCUUUAGAAGAUGUUGUGCGCCUUCCUGACAGUUCUAAUAAAAUUGAAGAGGACAGAUGCUCUAACAGUGCAGAUAUAACAGGUCCUUCUUUUAUAAGAUCAUGGACAUUUGGGAUGUUUAGUGACUCUGAGAGUACUGGAGGGAGCAGCGAAUCUAGAUCUCUGGAUUCAGAAUCUAUAAGUCCAGGAGACUUUCAUCGAAAACUUCCACGAACUCCAUCCAGUGGAACCAUGUCCUCUGCAGAUGAUCUAGAUGAAAGAGAGCCACCUUCCCCUUCGGAAGCUGGACCAAAUUCUCUUGGAACAUUUAAGAAAACAUUGAUGUCAAAGGCAGCUCUCACUCACAAGUUUCGCAAAUUGAGAUCCCCCACGAAAUGUAGGGAUUGUGAUGGCAUUGUAGUGUUCCAAGGUGUUGAAUGUGAAGAGUGUCUCCUUGUUUGUCACCGAAAAUGUUUGGAAAAUUUAGUCAUCAUUUGUGGUCAUCAGAAACUACCAGGAAAAAUACACUUAUUUGGAGCAGAUUUCACACAGGUCGCAAAAAAGGAACCAGAUGGCAUCCCUUUUGUACUUAAAAUAUGCGCUUCAGAGAUCGAAAAUAGAGCCUUAUGUCUACAGGGAAUUUAUCGUGUGUGUGGAAACAAAAUAAAAACCGAAAAACUAUGUCAAGCUUUAGAAAAUGGAAUGCACUUGGUAGACAUCGCAGAAUUUAGUUCACAUGACAUCUGUGACGUCUUGAAAUUAUACCUUCGACAGCUCCCAGAGCCAUUUAUUUUAUUUCGAUUGUACAAGGAAUUUAUAGACCUUGCAAAAGAGAUCCAGCAUGUAAAUGAAGAACAAGAGACAAAAAGGGAUAGUCCUGAGGACAAAAAGUGGCCAAAUAUGUGUAUAGAAAUGAAACGAAUUCUUCUAAAAAGCAAGGACCUUCUAAGACAAUUGCCAGCAUCAAAUUUGAACAGUCUUCAUUACCUCAUAGUACAUCUUAAGCGGGUAGUAGAUCAUGCAGAAGAAAACAAGAUGAACUCCAAAAAUUUGGGGGUGAUAUUUGGACCAAGUCUCAUUAGGCCAAGGCCCACAACUGCUCCUGUCACCAUCUCCUCCCUUGCUGAAUAUUCAAAUCAAGCGCGGUUGGUAGAGUUUCUCAUUACUUACUCACAGAAGAUCUUCGAUGGGUCCCUACAGCCACAAGAUGUUGUGUGUAGUACGGGUGGUAUUGAUCAAGGCUGUCUUCUGAAGUCUCCAUUAUCACCAGAAGAAAGAGACCCAGAACAUUCCAUGAAAUCAUUAUUUUUUUCUUCAAAGGAAGAUAUCCAUACUGCAAGUAGUGAAAGCAAAAUUUUUGAACCAGCUACAUCAUUUGAGGAAUCAGAACGCAAGCAAAAUGCAUUCGAAAAAUGUAAUGCAUGUCUCAGUGACACCAAACUGUAUUUGCUUCUAGACCAAGAGCUUGAAUCAGCAUCCCAAAAGAUAGAAGAUGUUUGUAAAACCCCUAAGCCAUUUACUUUGAAAUCUGACAGGGCAACAAACAUGGUGGAGAGGCAUACUCCAAGGACUAAGAUUAGACCUGUAAGUUUGCCUGUAGACAGACUACUUCUUGCAAGCCCUCCUUAUGAGAGAAAUGGCAGAAAUAUGGGAAAUGUGAAUUUAGACAAGUUUUGCAAGAAUCCUUCCUUUGAAGGAGUUAAUAGAAAAGACACUCCUACCACUGUUUGUUCCAAAUUUAAUGGCUUUGAACAGCAGAUUCUACAAAACUCUCAGGACAAACAGCAUGAACAAAGUAACAUAACUGCCAAGGCUACAGUGAUUGUACCCAGUGCACUGCAAGAAAAAGGAGUGGUGACAAGCAUCAGAAUCAGUGGGGACCAUUCCAGUAGUGCCUGCCAGCCCAGUAAGCCAUCCAUAGAGCUGGGCAGGUCAGCAGGAGAGGCAUCUGAGAGACGGUCCUCCGACUCCUACCCUCUCGCUCCCCUCAGAGCACCGAGAACACUGCAGCCCCAACACUGGACAACAUUUUAUAAACCACAUACUCCUCCUGCCAGCAGUGUUAGGGGUAAUGAAGAGAAACCAGCUUCACCCUUGGCAGCAGUGCCACCUGGCACAGCUCACGAUCCCCAGGGUCAUGUGGUGAAAUCAGUGCCAGACCAGGACAAAGCACCAGCUUGUCCUGGUCAGCUGAUCAGUCAGCCUAAAGAGAACUCUGAGGAGCAUGGCUUGCCUGACGUGAAUCCAGCGUGUCAGAGACCAAGGCUAAAACGAAUGCAACAGUUUGAAGACCUUGAAGAUGAAAUCCCACAAUUUGUGUAGGGUUGUCAAAAUUCAGGCUUUCUUUUUUU